AGCUGUUCCAGGCAGACGUGGACGAGUUUUGUCAGUAUUACGGUCGGAGAGACGGCGGCGCCUGCUUCCCGGACUACCAGCGAAAGCCACCUCUGCGAGGGCAGGAGUCCAACUACCUGGGGGACGAGAAGAUAGAGGAGAUCAGCAGGAAACACAAGCACAACUGCUACUGUGCCCAGGAGGUGCUGAGUGGCCUGCGGCAGCCUGUGGCCGUGGUGCAUUGUGGGGACGGCUCGCAGCGGCUCUUCGUUCUGGAGAGGGAGGGCGUGGUGCGAAUACUCACCCCCGAUCUCGAGGUGCUGAAGGAGCCCUUCCUGGACAUCCACAAGCUGGUGCAAAGCAGCCUCAAGGGCGGAGAUGAAAGGGGCCUGCUGAGCCUGGCAUUCCAUCCCAAUUACAAGAAGAACGGCAAGCUGUACGUCUCCUACACCACCAACCAGGAGCGCUGGGCCAUCGGGCCGCACGACCACAUCCUGCGUGUGGUGGAGUACACCGUGUCCAGAAAAACCCCGAACCAGGUGGACACUAGGACGGUGCGGGUGCUGAUGGAGGUGGCGGAGCUGCAUCGGAAGAACCUGGGAGGCCAGCUGCUGUUCGGCCCGGACGGCCUGCUGCACAUCAUCCUGGGAGACGGCAUGAUCACCCUGGAUGACAUGGAGGAGAUGGACGGGCUCAGUGAUUUCACCGGGUCUGUUUUGAGGGUGGAUGUGGACACAGACAGCUGUGCGUCUUCUUACACAAUACCGCGGGACAACCCGUACUUCAACAGCACCAACCAGCCUCCGGAAAUAUUCGCCCACGGCCUGCAUGACCCAGGCAGGUGCGCAGUCGACCGUCUUCAGUCCGACAACGGCAGUCUGGUGAUCCUAUGCACGGACGCGAGUGGGAAGAACUCUUCAGCUGGCAGGAUACUCGAGAUCGCUAAAGGAAAAGAUUAUGAACAUGAGUCCUCUGUGUACGACCUGCAGGCCAGCGGCGGCGCCGUGCCGGUGGGCGGCUUCAUCUACCGGGGCUGCCAGUCCCGGAGGCUCUACGGCAGCUUUGUGUUCGGGGACACGAGUGGCAACCUGAGGAUCCUCCAGAAGGUCCCGUCGCCGGCCCCCGCCAGCCCAGCGGAGCAGUGGCAGGAGAGGCCCCUGUGUCUGGGCCCCGCCGGCUCCUGUGGCUCCACGCUGGUGGGACACAUACUGGGCUUCGGGGAGGACGAGCUUGGCGAGGUCUACAUUCUAGCGAGCAGUAAAAGCAUGGCGCAGUCUCACAGUGGGAAGCUCUACAAGCUGGUGGACCCCAAAAGGCCCCAGGUGCCCAAGGAGUGCCAACGGCCCCUGGAGCCCCCAGAGCUGCUGAUGACCGCCUGCUCCAGACAUUGCAAGAACGGACACUGCACACCCACGGGCAAAUGCUGCUGCAGCCACGGCUGGGAGGGGCCUUUCUGCCGGAUCGCCAAAUGUGAGCCGGCCUGCCGUCACGGGGGGGUGUGCAUGGAGCCCGACACGUGCCUCUGCAAAAGCGGCUACUCGGGGGCCCAGUGCGAGACGGCCGAGCGGGGCAUGCCCAGCGACCAGGAGAAGGACGGCAUCCUGGACCACAUCAUCGACAUGACCUCCUACCUGCUGGAUCUCACGUCCUACAUCGUAUAGAGAGAGGGAGAGAGAGGGAGAGAGAGAGAGAGAGAGAGAGAGAGAGAGAGAGAGAGAGAGAGAGAGAGAGAGAGAGAGAGAGAGAGAGAGAGAGA